GAAUUCCAAUUUGAGCUAGCAAAGCCAAGAAAACAACACCCUGUUCCACCAAUUUACAAUGAGAAAGAAGCAUGAAUGAAGAACAACUUAUCCAACCUCAGAAAAUUCUAAAUUUAAUCAAAAACUAAUCACAACAACAAUUUUCUUACGCGGAAUCAAAAUCAAACCCAAUUCCUAAUUCAAGCAAAACCAUUUUUAAUCUCUCCAUUAAUAAUAAAUUCACAUUUGAUUCAUUCAUUCAUUCAUCAUUCAUCCAUCAAUCCACACACACUUUGGUUUUCUGAUUCAUCCUCUUUUCCUCUUACAGUGUUGUUCAUGGCAGCAACAACCGGCUGAAGCAACCAAAACGACAAAUCAUCAUGGAAGAGGUUGAGAGGAUGAAACAGUUAACCCUUCUUUCUUUUGUGAAUCAAACCACACGUGUGGCUCUUGUGGGUGGUAAUCACACCGCUGCAAGAUUCUGCAGUCGAUAAAGUUUCAAUCUUUUUUCACUUUUCACCACAUUUCACUAUUCAUCUUCUCUUUUCUUCAUCUGGGUUCUCUUUGUUUUGUUUUUACCUUAACAAUAAUGGGUAAGCAGUUUUUUCAAGGUGGAAGGGUUGGUUUCAAUUUUGAUGCUUUUUUGAUUAUUAAGGUUCCUGAUGCACGGUUUUUACGUAUUCUGUCACAGUUUUUGUUUUUGGCUUUGGUUUUUGUUGUGUUUCCUUUUUUGUGUUCCUUUCUAAAAGGGUUACUUGUUCCUAGUUUUGAUGCUACUGUUUUUGUUACUGCUUCAUCUUCUGUAUCAAUCAAUGUUGAUGUUUUGAAUUCCAUUCUUCAUGAUUUGGGUGAUGAAGGUCUUCUUAAAAAGGAGCAUAAGGCUCUUAUUAUGAGUCCUCCAGUUGGGUUUCAAGGUGGUGCUUCUUUGUUGAAUUGGAACAGUGAGGUUGAUUUGGUUAUGCAUGAGUCUUAUGAUUUUGUGUUUACUACAAGCUUUGAAGAUGCUGUUUCUGCUGAUCGUGUUUUGAAAAUUAACGGCGUUGUAGCUUUUCCGUUGAGUGUUGAUGAUUCGUCUGAUGCUGGUUUUAGAAAACAAUCUAAUUAUAAAGUUGUGUAUCUUAGGCGAUAUGAUUCUAUUUUUGUUGCAUUGAGGAAAAUUGGUUUGGAGAAUAGAUUGGUAGAUAAUUCGCCGAAAAGGAGGCUUUGUCAGUUUGCGACGGUGGCUAGGAUGAAUGCUUUAAAGGGUCUUGAAGAUGCGCUUCUUGAGCCGCCAAGACAGGAUUCUGAUGAAUCAAACACAAACUUGAAGAUCAACUACUUGCCUGAAUUGAUGGGAGAUUCUCUUGAAGGUUAUAAGCGAAGAGUCUUCAUUGGUGUGGGUUUGCAUGACGAAAACAAAGCUGCAAUUGAAUGGUUUGAGAGAAACUACCCAAAGAAGGGUAUGAAAUUUCAAAUUCACAGUUUACAGGUUGCACUGGAAGAGCCGGAUGUGCCCCAAAAUGAUUUUUCUGCUUGGUUAUCUAAGCAUGUGAGGGAGGAUGAGUAUGUUGUGAUGAAGGCUGAAGCAAAUGUGGUGGAGGAAAUGAUGAGGAAAAAGACGAUUUGCUUAGUGGAUGAAUUGUUCCUUCAAUGUAACAAUGAAUGGUGGCAAACCGGGAAGAGAAAGAACAGCGGUCGAGCAUAUUGGGAGUGCUUGGCUUUGUAUGGAAGGCUUAUAGAUGAGGGAGUUGCAGUACACCAAUGGUGGGACUGAGUGAGGCAAACAUCCCACUUAUAAGUUGAUAUGCUCUGUAGUAUUUAUACUAUUGGCUUCUCUAUUUUCUGGUUUGAUCUGUUUAUAGUUUUAAAUUUGUGUAUAGGGAUAACUGAGUAUGCCACUAAUGUAACCUAUCUUGUAUAUGUUUUCACAUUGCUAACUAUAAUAACGACGCAAUUGUGAUACAAAUAAAUGGAUUGUGUUUCCUCUAGUUCUUUACUA